AAGCAGAAUAGGCGGAAGCGUCUGCCUCUAGCACCCAGGGGGCGCCCACGUAAGACCAGCUCCAUUCAACGGACCCGGGCUUCCGAGGCAGCAGCACUGGGCUGUCGCAGCGCCGCACACCGCUGGCAUGUCUGACUCCAAAAAUACCCCGCCUCCUCGCGGUCCUCACGGUUCGGUAUUUCUGGACCUCCUCUUUCCAAGGCGUCCUCCGCAGGCUCGCUCUGGGCCGGCUUUUCCGCGCCGUGCAUACGUAACCCGGACGCGGGGGGUUUUCCCCGGUUCGGUAUGGACGCGACGUCGAAGACCGGGCCGCUGGUCCCGACAGAAGCAUCGAGUGCAGAAUCUUCGGGCCUAAGGCAGUGUGUGUGUUGAUCGGCGUCGUCAUGCUGUAGCCUCCAGGAGGCGGCGAAGGCACCAUGAGCUCCGGCAGCGGCGGCGCCAGUGUCUGCCCCGGGUUCGUGCCGCACUUCGCAAAGGCCACGCGCUGCAAGCGUUGCUUUCGGGAUGUCGGUGAGCACGCCAAGGAGCCGCCACAUUCAACCCCUUCGAAAACAAACGCAGCCGACAAGCAGGCGACGGCUGCAGCAGCUGCAGCAGCAGCGGCGACGGCGAUCAAAAAGAACACGGACAGUAGCAGCCCCGCUGCUUCUUCCCGAAAUACGCGUGCUGAUGCCGCACCGGCGACGGCUGGUUCCGCCUCGGCUGCCCAAACAAAAUCCCAGCUGAAAGUCGAUGAGGAAAGAAAGACCGCUGAAGAGGCCGAGGUUAAAAUCAGGAGGAGACGCACCGUGGAGGACACCACCAGUUUGGAAGAGGACGACUCGUCGAGUGCUAGGCCUAGAAGACGACGUCCGCUGUCGGCUGGGAACGGUGAGGACAACGUGGGUGCUUCGUCCAAUUUGACCGUCCUGGCGCCUGCGCUGAGAAAAAGUGAUUCCGACGGACUGAGUGGUAGCGAAUCUGAACAGUGCUCCGCGGGUGAUGCUAAGGAACGUCGCCGCAGUCAGAGGAUCAAGAUUCUGGAGACUCAAGAAGUGGAGAAGAACCAUCCGGUGCUUCCGACGUCGACAGCAGCUUUGACGUCCCCGUCAGCUGACGUCGAGUUUAUAUUGAAGGUGAAGACAAGCUCGAAUCAGCAGAAAGAGGAGCGAGACGAGGACGAUGAAAGUGUAGCCCAGACAGAGACCACGGAAACGACGGAUACGACCCUGGGUUACUACGACAGUUACGAGGACCUUGAAAACACAAUGGCUAAGCUCAAGAGUCAACUGGAGGUGGCAGAGCAGAAGAUUGCGAGGCUUGAGAAAGAGAAGCUCGAGCACCAGAAGAGAAGAUCCGAGGUUAGCGAUUCAGAUAAGAAGGCGCUGGAGAAGACGGCUUCCGAGAUCCUUAAGCUACGCUCCAAGAUGCAUGAGCUCGAGACAAUCAACGAGGAACUCAAGGAUGACAACAAGUGUCUAAAGUUGGAGGUCGACGAACUGCAGCAGGAGCUCGAGAAGCGGGAGAGCGAAGAGCAGUUAAAGAAGGACUCUGAAGACCUGAGGGUGAAGCUCCAGCAGGCCGAGAAUCUCUGCGAGGAGCUGAUGGAAGAAAACGAGGAAAUCAAGAAGGAAGUUCAGGAUUUAGAAGAGCAACUUGAGGAGCUGCAGGACACCUACCGUGAGGACCAACAGUCGGAGUACCAUGAUCUCAGAAAGGAACUGGAAUCGACGUCCAAGAACUGUCGUGUGUUACAGUUCAAAUUGCGGAAAGCUGAGCGCCGGGUAGAGCAGCUGGAACUUGAGAAGGGACAGUCAGACGAAAAGCUGGCGGAGCUUCAGAAGACCACACAGAUAACUGCGGACAAGACUAGAAUGAAAGUGCUUGAGGAUGAACUCCACGUAGCUAAUGAACUGUCUGUUAAAUUAGCAACCGAGCUGGAAGUGCUCAAAGACGCUAAAACGAAGUUAGAAAUGGACAACAAUGCCCUAAAGAAGCAGCUCAGUACCGGUGCAAAAGGAACGACAGUCAGUCAAGCUUCUAAGAGCAAAGAAGCUGUAAUGGGCAAAGAUUACGAGACCAUGUGCAAGGACCUGUACGACUCCAUGGAGAGGGAGACAGACCUAAGGGAACAACUUAGAUUCGCAGAGGAAGAAAACAAGACGAUGCGGCGCAAGAUUAAUAACGUUGAGCAGGAAAACGAAACACUGAUGCUCCAAAUGCGCAAACUUAGCGGCAGGCGUGACAGCACGGGCGAUAGCGAUAGCGAUGAGGACGUGUCCAUGGAAGAGCUGCGAAUGCAGUUCGAGCUCCAAGAACAGGAGACGAGCGUGCUGCGACGCAAGGCGGAAGAGCGGGAACAACAAAUAGAGAGUCUGGAAAAAGAAGUCAAGUACCUCCAGGAGAAGUUGGUUAGCCAGCCGUUCACGAAGAUUGAACUUCCGGAUCCCCCCAAAAAUGACGCGGACGUGGACGUCUUCCAUAAGCAGAAGGCCAAGUUGCUGGAGUACGAAGCGCGCGAACUCAGACAGAAACUCAUCGAGAAGGAACGUGAAAACGAGAGGUUGCAGACCGAGGUUGAAGUGCAUCGAAGGAAGGCGUCCAAGGUGAUCGUGCGUAGCCGGUCCUUGGACAGUGAGCUGCAGGUGGAUCUGAAACGUCAGUUGCAGCUGGUCGAACAAGAAGCCAGCAUUCUUAGGCAGAAGACGGUGGAUUUGGAAGCUGAAAACGACAAGCUGGCUGCCGAAAACAAGCGGUGUCAGUUGAGGCUCAGUAGGAAGCCACCUCCGGGACCUCAGGAACUGCUUCAGCUGGACAACAUGGAGUUGAAAGAAAAGCUGACGGACGCAGAGCGAAAACUGAACGCUCUCAAGGAGGAAUCGGAGAAGGUCGCCGCUGGAGCAACACCUUCGGCCGUCGUUCUUCAGGAGUACGCUCCAAAAAGGGAGAAGCCGAGUGACAUCGAGAAUGACCUCAUUGCGGGUCUCAAGAAGAAAGUGCGGUCCAAAGAAGAAGAGACGUCCGCGAUGCAGACCAAGAUUGUUCAGCUGGAACUUGAAAACAGUCGACUCAGUCGUGAGUUUAAGAAGCUCAAGGAUGCCGCUAACUACAAGCGAAAGCCACCACGUGCCGUACGCGAAACGGCAACCAGGGGAGAGCUAAAGGACAUCAUCAGAGACCUGGAGGACGAGAUAAGUGAGUUGCAAGUCACAGUGAGAAGUCAAGAGGUGACCCAGGAAGGGAUGAACGAGGAAGUGGAGGCCGCUAAAAAGUCCCUUGAAGAAGUACAACUGAAGGCGAAACAGCGGGAAUCUAAGUUGAGCUCGGAGCUGGAAUGUCUCAAAAAACAGAGGGACAGUCACCAGGCCGAAGUGCAGCAGGAGCGCGACAGGGCGGACGCCUUGCGAAAACAACUCGAAAGCAUGAUGGCGAAAGGGCCUGACACUGACGUGAGUCUCAUCGACAAGGUGGCAACGCUUCAGGUUGAAAAAGACGAUGCAGUAAGCAAACAAAAGGACUUGGAGCAGAAACUAGCCCAAGAACAGGGUAAGGUCAAGGAGCUGCAGAACAGGAUGGGUGUAAUGUCCAAGCUUAACGAAAGUCUGGCAGCAAGCGUGAAGCUGCUGGAGUCCAAGGGUAAAAAGCUGGAGGAAGAGAUGGAACAACGUAAAAAAGCCAUUCAGGGUGCUGAGACCCAGGCAAAGUUGCUCAAGGGGAAGUUGGAGUCCACAGAAAGCAGCUACACGGCACUAAAGAAAGAGUGCAACCAGCUACGGAACGAGUUGCAGGAAGAAAAGUCCAAACUUCACGCCGCGUCGCCGAUGACACCAGCUGAGGUCGGAACUGCCCUCACCAAAGAGCGAGACGACUUGAGGCGGAAAUUGAACGAAAUGAAGGAAACUCUCGCCGUGAUGACCCGGAAGGAGGCUGAGAAAGAGAAACAGUACCAGGAGAAGGAGAAUAAGUUAAAACAGGAACACGAAAAGAAAUUAGAAAAGAACCUGAAGGACGUUCGAGAAUUUCUGCAGGCAGAAAUCAAAAGCUUACAGGAUGAGCACACUACAAUGAAGAAUAGACUCAACGAAACGGUGGACAAGUUUGAAAAGAAAGAACAGGAGGCCAAGUCUAUGUCUGAGAAACUGCGCCAGGUGUCAAACGCCCAGCGACGCGAGAAGGAGGACUGGCAGCUCAAGAUGGAAGACAUGGAGGAGAAACUUCGCGUCGAGCUGCGCAAGCGGGAGCGCAUGGAACGGGAGCACGAACUUGAGGCCAAGUCGAAAGCCGAAGAAGUGCUGGCGGCCCAGAAUCGCGUCGUUCAGCUCGAGCGAGAGCACCGUCGGAUGGUCACGCGACUUCAGGAGCUCGAGCAAGAGAACGCCGACCACCGCAAGCAGAUGGAGAAAGAUGCCGCGAAAGAAAGGGAGGAAUACGACGACCUGACGUCUCGCUACGAGCUGCUCGAGGAAGAGUUCCUCUCCAUGAAGAACAAGCUGACGCUGGAGAAGGACCAGCUGGGUGCCGCGCUCAAGCAGCUCCGCAAGGAGCACGAGCGCAUCAGCAACGAGCUCAAGACCGUCAGGGACAACUUCAACGCGAGGCAGGAAGUCUCUUCGAGGGAAAAGACGGAGUUCCAGAAUUUGAUACGUGAGCUGGAGGCCAAGGUGACCCGGUUAAAGGACAUCGAGGCGGAGCGGAACCGGAUGCGUUCGAACCUGAACGAGAGGGACGUCAUCAUCGAAGAGCUCCGAAAAUCGGAACGCUCCUUCCGGGAAGACAAAGAGAAAAUCCGCAGGAAGAACGAGGAACUGAUGAAGCGCGUGGCGGAGUUGGAGCGGUCCGAGCGUAGUCUGAGGACCCUCCAGUUGGGCAAGGGAGAAACGCACGAGCUCAAGGCCCGGCUGGACCACUCCAGCCAUGUGCACAAGGCAGAGCAGGCCGCCAUGCGGGCAGACUACGAGGAGCGGGUGUGCUUCAUGACCGGCGAGAUGCACUCACAGCAGGCACAGAUCGUGUCCGUGGCCAGGGAGAGGGACCAGAUACGGGAGAAGCUGGACGAAGCCCUCAAGGAGAUCAGCGCACUCAAGAGCAGUUCGCUACGGAGGGAACGAUCGCGCGGGAAAGAGGCAUUCGAAACCAUUCAGAAGAAGGCAGAGGAACUCAGGAUUCAAGCGGACGACCUCAAAAAUCAGCUCGAGGAGAGCCUGACUGACAAUCGUAAGCUCCGGAUACAGAUUGAUGCGGACAAAAGCUCCUGGGAGAUUCAGCUUUCGAACCUCAAGUCCAAGCUGAAUCAGUAUGAAGAACGGAACCUGCUUGAAGCAAGUCGGGGUUCCACCAAGCUGUACGCCAAGACGCGCCUCGAGCUGGCCUGGGAGAAAGAGCGCGCUGACCUGCAGAAGGUCAUGAGCGACACCGAGGCUUCGUUAAAAGACCUCCGCCAAAGGUUCCUUAAAGCAGAGGCGGACAGAGAGACCGAGAGGGAGAACGCAAACAAGACCAUACAGGACCUGCGGAGAAAGCUCGAAGGUGGACAGGACGAUGUCUCCAAAGAUAUUCUAGAGCUACAAGCGGAACUGGAGCAAGUGAAGGAUGCCAACGGUCGCCUCAAGACUCAGUUUGAAAGAGUGCGACGCGAAAAGGAGCGCCUGGACCGAGAACGUGAAGACUGGCGUCAGAGGGUGGCCGCAACGAUGGACGUGCAAGCCCUAGUGUCAGACUUGAUCGCGGACGUGAAAAAGAUGACGGACUUGGUGCAGUUGGAAGGCAUCUUCGCCGAAGACCAAAGCAAGGCUCAGGCAGUUCGUCGACCGCUGCGGAUGGGUUCCACGCCGAAGGAUGACCUCAUGGGCAUCCUGCAGAAGGUCGUCCAGCAAACGGAGUCUCUGAGAGAAUCAACGAAGCCUGUGAGAGAUGAAGACAUGAUCAGGCGAACUACCUCAUUCCGAAGGGCGUUAUCGGCGACGGACAUGGCGAACCAGGCCGCCAUGAUGUCCACUCCCGUCAUCCGGGCACCGCCUCGCACCCGCUCGAUGCACCGCAAGACCCUGUCUCUAGGCCAGGGCAUGUCGGCGGCCGACGUGAAGAUCUGGGGCUCGGGCGACAGCCUCAGCUUCACGCCCUCGGGCUCGCAGUCCAGCCUGCGCGGGAGGUCGACCACGGGCUACGAGUCGGACACCUCGGUCGUCUCGGAGCCUCCGAGGCACUGGGGCUACAGCAGGCCGACCAUUCGUAUAGACUCUGAGAAUGACUCCAGCAACCCAGGAAGCAGCGAGGACCUGACCCGAGCAGCGAAGCAAAAAAAGACGUUCAAGGACAGACUUAAAGCACUCAAGAAACCAGUCACUCAUGAUGCUAAACACGAUUCGGACCGAGAGGAGAAGACGGGUACGCUCAAAUCCCGACUUUCCAAGGCGUUUCGCUCCAGCAGUAAGGAGAAGAUCGAUUCUCCUCCGGCCACCUCGGCUGACAAGAGGCCCGUUCUGGCACCGAGGACACCACUGGAACCCGUCAAAGAACGGUCAAGGCCAGAGCAAUCGAGUUCGUUGUCUUCCAAAGGAGACAAGGGCAGCAAAAAAUCUCUUCUUGGACGGUUCACCUCCAGAGCAAGUGCAAGCAAAGGACCAGCCGUUGCUGAAUCGUCGGACUCCAGGCCUCCCACACCCAGCACACCCAAAGCUUCAAAAGAACGCCGAGGAUCAUUCACUGAGACACCGGUUUAGGCAGCAUGAUGACGUAAACGUUGCGACGUUACGGACACUGGAUGUGUGCACCGCAGUGGAAUCGCGUGCCAACCUAAAAAAAAAAAAAAAAAAACUUUUUUUAACUCGCUUCAAGUUCUUAAUAUUUGUUGUUCCCAUCGAAGACAUCGGAGAAGUCGCCGGACACUUAGCCGUCGUUGGACCUUGUGUGGUUCCGUCCUCACGCCCUUUCCGAUCUUACCUUCUGCCCAAAUAGCGUCAGGUCGAAAUAGUAGUCAGUCUGGUCAACGCAGACUACGGAAGUGAAAGGAGUUGCAAAUGUUUGAUAGGUUACGAAAGAAAACGUUCAAUUCUUUCCCUCAUAAUGCCCCUUAAAAUAAAACCUGCCCUUUACUAUGUAGCGUUCCCAGAAAAUGUUUUUCUACAUGUUUUUCUGUUUACACACACAAAAAAGUGCAACAACCAUCAAAAACAAUACCAAAGCAACUAUCGCUAAAGUACAUACCCUGAGAAAAUACGACGCUACGUUCAACAUGCUCUUUGUCACUCGAAUGACUCCACAAGUAUACAGAGAUAUGCUUAGAAACUAUUUAUUUUCCUACAUCAACGAUAGGUCUUGAGGAAUCAAAAUCAAACGCUGAAAAGCAAAACGGCAUCUUGAUAAGUUCCUUUUGCCCUAUUUUGUCUCCAAAGUGAUCCUAUCUUCGCAUGCUUGUGGUGGUCUUGGCUUUUUAGAAAAAACUUAAUGAGGCGAAUUUUCUGUAUUACCGUCUUUGUUUAUGCCGUACCGCAUUUUGCAUUUAUCAAAAUGACUACCCUGUCUUUAAAAAUUUGAGUUAAUGCUCCGACCUGAAUAACUUUCAUCGAGGAGCUCACUUCGUUUAAUAGCGUAAGCUUGCUCUUCAGAGGGUAUGAGCUGUAACUCUGCGAAUUUGUACGAUUCGUUACCUAUGCUAAUUAGAGUUAUUAUGACCUAUAGAUUGUUUUACACGAUCGAAGAGGCACACACGUCGUUUUGCUGCGUCAUUGAAUGCUCUGAAGAGGAGCAACACAUGACACACAUUCUUAAUGAGACUUUGUAAAUAUUCCCUCUCAUUUUGUCCUUUCCAUCAAGAUUUGUGCAUAGUCCUUCAUUGAUUUUGUUAUUAACUGACGUCACGUAUGGUCAAAAUACUUAUCAAAAUGUAUUGAUAUACAAAUACAAAAUACAUGAAAAAAAUGUAAUUAAUUACAAAUUCAAUUACACUUUUUUAGAAGACAAUUUAAAUGCAAGAUACAAAUACAACAAGGGGUAUUUGAUCAUCUUCAAAUACUCUAUCAUAUAAAUUUUUUUCCCAUGGUCUGACAUCUUGAACUUAAAUUUAACGCCUAUUAAAAAAAAUCACGCCAAAAGUACGGAGAGGCAUCUACAUGUAUCACUAAUCAUGUGCCUUUAAAUAAAGUUGCAGCUUUCAAAUAAAAUGUUUCUCAUAAUAUAAAUCAUUAAGAAAAAACAAUUAAUUCAGUGCGAGUUUAACUCCAGAUGUUAUUUUGAAGCAACAAAACACCUCGGAACAAAAUGCGACGUUUCAAAAUAUAAAAUCAACCAACCAAACUAAAAAUAAAACCUUCUAGUCCUCUCGUUCAUUCCUUGUUCUUCUCUCGUUCUCUUCUGCCGUAUUUUUAUGCCGUUAAUCUGAAUAUCACGUUCGUGUUCCCCAAAUAUGUAACUAAACGCGAGAAAACGCAAAAAUCAUCCGACCAGUCGUGACCUCAUGCUAGGAUCUUUGGGCCGCCAGGUCUGCGUCGCUCGUGUGGGCAGCACCUGCUGUCCCAAGCUUGCCAGCUGUAUUUUUCCGCACUGACGCUAGUCAUGACGUCUAUUUCAGAUUUUUUUGAAAAGAGCAAGAGUGCACGUGCUUAGCUUUGACAGGCGCUGAAGAUGCGCGACAGCAGGGAUUCUGAAAACUCCUAGUUUGACGUCACGCCCCGGGAAGGAGGGGCUUCAGCGGUAGUUUAAAAUUUGAUUUCUGCAGCCUCCUUGCACCAAAUUGGAAAAGAGUCUUGAUAUUUGUGAUGAUGAAGGCCAAAUGAACACGAUUUUGGUAUUUUGUCUCAAAUACAGAACCGCGUCAGUUUCCAUUUAAUGUUCUUUUACGCAACUUACAGCCUGUUUUAUGAGCGUUGCAUAUGAGUGUCAUUGCGAAGAGUUUCUAAAACACCUUUUGAUUACGAAGAACAGUGCCAAAUUGCAUUUGGGUAGUAUUUCAAUACAAUUUAUUAAAAUGCUCAAUUUUAGUAUUCAGAUACAGCUGGAAAAUAUAUUUUCAUUAUGUAAUUAAAUACAAAAUACUCGAAGUUUUUUGAAUAUUGUGUAUUUCAAGUACUCACCAUCCCUGAUUGGCGUAAUGUUUUGUCUAGAAGUAUGCGUAGGUGACUGAAUACUUAAACGCAUCUAUUAGUCAACGAUUAAAAAGAUGAAUGUGUAACUUUAAACUAUUUGCGUUGUUCCCCGAAAGCACAGUUUGUGUUCAGGCAUAUCUAAUGUUUUGCGAUGCGCAUUACCUACACUACCCUAAUUGUAGUUUUGGUCGUAUUCGCGUAGUUUGUUUUAGCCAAAUACAUUAUUUUCACUUUUUCUCUAACCAUGUUGCCUUUUAGUUUCAGUUCAUGUCGAUAAUCAGAAUUAAUGACUUCUCAUUGUUUACCCAUUACUGGUAGUCAUUUUCUUAGGAUAAAGGCUGUGAAUUACCUUCGUUUUGUGGUUUAGAUAUUUGACGUUGAGCAGAUAAGGAAAUACAAUUUUUACUUUCUAUGAAGAGGGUGAAGAGUUUGUCAAGCUGACAAUCGAUCUCGCGUAACUUUUGAAGGUUUUACGACAUUGUUGUGAUAUAAUUUAUCAAAUAAAUUGUUUCUUUAAUAAGUUAGGUGGAACAUGGGGUCAGAAGCUGAAAACCCAAAGGAGAAGCUUCCCGAAUGUUUAGGCUUGAUCAAGUUAUGUAUUCACUAACAUCAACCACUGAACCCAGUCUUGAAUCUCUUGCUUCGAGCACUAUGAUCAUGUCAUUUCUUUUGAUGAAUAAUAAACUGAAACAAAACUCUGCAAGACUGUUAUGUGCAUAACAUCUAGAGAAGUCGGUAUAUCUCAUCUCUUUAAAUCUUGAGCCCUAUUUUAUAUGUUUUGUAUAUAUUACAUUCCUUGUGACUCGCCUUCACCAACCUCGGACAUUUCUUCAGCAUUUCGCCAACGUUCCCAAAAUUGACGUCGAAUACAAAUUAAAGAUUUGUCAUACGCUCAGAUGCCUAACACGUUUUUCAUUAUUUUUAUUUUAAGCUUUGCCAGAAGAUGUUUCUUUAAAGUGCAAAAAAAAGCUGUGCCACGUAGAAACAUCAGUGACAUAUUGGAGAACAGGGAGCAAUACGGGUUGGAAUUUGAACCUCCAAAACCUUUAGCGGAUUCAAAAACCCUAAAAAGAGUGACAACACUCUCGUUGCUACUCAAGCUGACACCUGUUGAGGUGCCUUUUACCUACGAUUCUUUGAAGGUAUAUCUUUGGACCUGCACAUUUAAAGGAGAAACAACAGAGAUUUAUUUAAUGAAUUUAAGAAAUGCACGCAUGCAGGAGGUAACAUUCGUUGCAAUAAACUCUGCCAUUUCCGUUGAAACAAAGCGGGACUGCCUUCAAGCUCCACACAUAUACUAACAGCAAACAUUAAAAAGACUGGAGUCAUGCAAGGUGAAGUUUUCUUUAUAUAUACAGAAAACGAAACUAUCAUACACAAAAAGAAAAAAAAAAUAGUAUUUUCUACUGCCUUUAGAUAAUCGCCCUGCGAUUCUAUUUUAGAUACACUUCAACCCCGCUUUCGCGCCCAUCAGAUGUCAUUACAUUUUUGUGUAUUUUUCUUCUUUUAUUUUGUGUGCACCUACUCUUCCGGCACACACAUGCGACAUUAUAACUGACAAUGAGUUUCUCCUUUUUUUUUCUGUGCUGUAUGUUGCAGUCCCCACUCAGGAGUGUGUACUUUAUACAGCGCACAGUAAAUAAAACAGAAGGAUG